GGAGAAAUGGUUGCGUCGAGUUUUACGGAGCGUGUAACGGAAUAUUUUGAGGGAUGAACAUCAACCCCUAACAGUCGGCUACAAAACCGACGUGCACGUUGAUUAAAUUUUCAGUUCGUCGGUUCGUGUCUUGUGGUUCAUUCAGCUAUGAUACGAGUACAUUAAAGUGCGAUACAAUUACGAAUACGAAUACAUUACGAUAUCGUGUUUUUUCGCCGGCUUAAAAAUUUUUCUUUUUUUGUCAAAAAUGUCAACCGCCGAUAACAUGUGUUGUAGUUGUGCCGAUGAUAAAAACAUUAAUUCCGAUUUAAGCGGUAUAAAAUUAUUCAAGUCGAUGGUGCGACGAGUUCGUCAAAAAAUAUCCGAAAGUAAAUUAGUAAAAUCACCCAGCGGUAACGAGCUAACUUCCGUGAUCAACAAAACCGAACGAAUGUCUUUGGACGAAUCCUCAUCUGGUAACCGAUCACCAACCGAUACAGCCAAAUCUUUCUGUACCACACAUACCGGCGAUGAUUGUAAAUCACGUAUGAGCGGAUACAGCAGUGAUUCCGGUACCGAGAAAUCCAGACGAAGUUCCAGAGUUAGAAUUCGUCAAAAGGUCAGAUCACGAUCGAAAUCCGAUGGCAGAAGGAUCGAAAAGAAACCAAAGAAAAUUCUUCGAGCACCACCAACUUAUAUUUAUGUCAGAGGCUUAUCCGGUAUACCAACUCAAAGAAUUAGAGUUCGUUAAUAACGAGUAUACUUAACGAUUUAUUGAAUGAGUUUUUUUUUCAUUGUGUAUAUCACCCUCUGUUUUUCAAUUAUUUUAAUAUAAGAAUUAUCGUAACUGUUACAACUCGAUGAAAUAUUUUUCUAUUUUAUUUUGGGUACGUAUACUUACGAAAAAUUAUCUACCUACCGAAUUUUUUUGUGUCUAAUGUGUAAUUGUUUUGUUACUUAAUGUGUUUUAUUUAUUUUCCCCCCUUUUUUAAAAAUUAAUGUUUCAUACAUUACGUUUGUUUUCUUAUUUCUAUCUAAUUCUUUCUUAUGACCACACGGUAUAAUUUCUUAUAUUCAUAUCAACGAUACGAUUACGUUGAAAAAUUUUUCUAUUGUAUAUUUACUUUUAAUAAAUGGUUCCAUUUUA